CAUUGCAGAUCAGUCACCAAUCACCACCAGGUCUACUGGGGCAGCAUGGUUGACUUUGCUUUGUGUGCAGAUAAACUGUGUGCCACCAACAGAUAAUCUUGUCAUGGGGGAGCCGGAGCAGGUAAUAGCUGAACCAGAUGAGCAGGAGUUGGAGGGGAUUCACCCACCUACCCUUGAGCAGCAGAACCCAGCACUGAUCACUUAUCUUGUUACAAGGGUGCUAUCAUUUCUGACUGCUUAUGGAUGGUAUGCAGUGGGCUUCUUGUUGGUUGGCUUUAUUGCCUGGACUCGGUUGGAACCUAAAAUCAAAAGAUGGCUGAAGAAGAGAGAAGAUGAUCAAGAAGCUGCAGAGUACCACAAAAACCCUGACAUCUUGUUAGCCAGACACCAGGCCCUUGAUGUGGCUCGUCAGAGGAUGCAAGAGAAAUACAACAAGGCUGCCUAUGAGAGCUUAGAGAAGAAAAAAGUGAGAGAGGAAAAGAUGAGGGAAGAUAAAAUAGCAGAGUGGGAACGCAUGCAGUCAGGUAAAGGCCACAAACUGAAGGACAAAAGCAGUGCCUCAGUCAGUGAUGCCAACAGCACCAGCAGUAAUAGUGCCAAAGACAAACCAGCCACGAAACCAAGGAUGAGGCCAGAGUACAACCCUCUGACUGGAGACACUGGGGCGAGUAGCUGCAGGUGGAGGCCUACCGGUCGGGGCCCAUCUGGUGGAGGAUGAGGUUAAAGUUUGUACACAUCUUUCCUUGACCUGUAUUGUGGACCCAGCUCUUGUAUGCCAUUUGCCUUUUUUUUUUUUUUUUAGGAUGCAUAUUCUUUGAUUUACUGACACAGGAUAUUAGUGUAUUAUGUACAUGUUUCAGUGUGUAAUGGAUGUUUUUUGUUGCGCCUGAAAGGUGUCUAUUUAUCAGGUAUCAAGGCUGGAGUCCUGAUUCAUGGCCAGAUGAGAAAGUGUGUACAUCUUUGUUGGAGCACUGAGUUGUUGAAGUGAUUGAUCUGUGUACCUUUAAAAGUAUAUUUAUUCAUCAGCACUUCAUAAUCUCAGAACUAUGCUCUAUUUGGUCAGAAUUUAUGAAGCUUUGAGCCUAAGCAGCGACAAGCUGGGGUUCAUGGUGGAAGGUUUUUCUGACCACCAGGAGUUGUACAUUACCUUCCACUUCUCUUGUUGUUGGUGCUGUUCCUAACUGUGCAUGCAUAUCUUAACAUGUAUGCCUCUUUCCUCUUAGCUUCUAUAAUUUUUCUUGUAUUAACUUUAAAUUAGCUCAUAGCAUCUCUUUAUUGAGGGUAAUGUAAACUCUUAGGAGGGCCUCUGAGAAGUAGAGAUAAUACAUGUAUUGUACUCCCCUAUACCCAAUAAAAAUAUUUAUCAAAGCAAA